AGUACUGCUCCCACCGCCACCGGGCUUGCUUCUCGGGGGCUGAAUUUAUUCCAAACAUUAAUCGUUUGUAGCGGAACAAACCCGUUGGGCUUAUAAAUGUUGUUAUCUGUCGGCUUGCCUCAUCCAGUUCUAAUUGAUGGUAAAUUGAAUUGAAAAAUCUUGCAGGAAAGGGAAGAUGAUUCACCACCUUGUAGCGGCAGCCUUGCUGCUGCUGGCCGCACAAAAAACGUGGGCGGACAUUCCCGAUUGCGACUUCUUUGACACUGUGGAUAUCUCGGCAGGACAGAGACUCCCCAAUGGCUCUUACUUAUACGACGGCCUGCUCAUACCGGCCCACUUGACGGGUAGCUAUGACUUCAAGCUUCUGCCGGACGACUCCAAGGAGGAGGUAAAGAGCCACGUAAGGGGAUGUGUCUGCAAAUUAAAGCCCUGUGUUAGGUUCUGCUGUCCCCACGACCACUUAAUAGACGGCGUCGAGUGCCACGAGAGUGAGGAGGCGAUGGACGAAAUCCAGGAGGUGAACGUGACCCUCAGCGACGGUUCGGUGGUCUCGAGGCGGGUCAAAACCGACCUCAUCGUGCAGUGGGACUUGCCCAUGCCCUGCGAGGAGUUGUUCUACCUGGACAACCAAUACGAGAUGGACGAGUGGACUCUGUUCGAGAAUGGAACCUUUCGCCGCCACCACGAUAACGCGAUCCUGAACAAGCGGGAGUACUGCCUUCAGCAUCGGAACUUCACGGACGGCAACGACACCCUCGUUCGGAUUGCACCGCACAACUGUCUGAUCUUGGAGUCCAGAACGGGACAAACCUUCAUCAUGGUCACAUCGCUGGUCUGCAUGCUCCUCACGAUCUGCGUGUACCUGGUGGUCAAGAAGCUGCAGAACCUGCACGGCAAGUGCUUCAUCUGCUACAUGGUCAGCCUCUUCAUGGGCUACCUCCUCCUGCUGCUGGACCUGUGGGAGCUGUCGCUCGGGUUCUGCCUCACGGCGGGCUUCCUGGGCUACUUCUUCGUGCUGGCCGCCUUCUUCUGGCUCUCCGCCAUCAGCAUGGACCUCUGGAACACGUUCAGCGGAAACACCCGCGUCCUGAGCCGCCUGCUGAUGGGGCAACGCUUCCUCACCUACAACGCCUACGCCUGGGGAAUGCCGUUGGUCCUGACCGGAGUCACCUACCUCGCUGACCGGCUCGUAGAGAACGAGGACUGGAAUCCGCGAGUGGGUGCGGAGGGACAUUGUUGGAUCUACACCCUUGGUUGGUCUGCCAUGCUCUACUUCUUUGGACCGAUGCUACUGCUGAUUCUGUUCAACCUGACCAUGUUCAUCCUGACGGCCAUCCCCAUAAUGCGAGUGAGGAGGGACAUUAAAGUCUGGACCAACAGGCGGGACGGAAAGCAGAACCCCAGUUUGGACAAGGAAACAUACAUGUCCUUCCUGAGGCUCUUUAUUGUCAUGGGUUUGACGUGGAGCAUGGAGAUACUCUCCUACUUGCUGCAGUCGGACCCGUUUUGGGCCAAGGUGUUCCUGGUGGCCGACUACCUAAACUGGUCUCAGGGAAUCAUCAUAUUUGUGCUGUUCAUUUUGAAGCGCAGCACUCUGAAACUCCUGCAGGAGCGACGCCAGCCAAAACCCAACUGGAGUACGAGAAUAAGAUCGAGUGGAAGCGCGACUGGUGGAUCCGUAAAUCGCUUAACCAGGACCAACUCCUCAGCCCAAAACUCUUCUUUGAUGUUGGUAGAAUCCGCUUAUAGCGACUCGUUAUACCCGGAAGACGCAGUAAGCAAAAGGAUAUAAGUGUAUAAGCCUGUCUGGAGACCAAUCAAGCCAUCGACGGACACGAUAAGCGGAGUCGUUAUAACAGGAUUCUACUGUAUUUUACUCAGAUUAACCUUGCAUGUUGGUUUUCUUAGACAGCAACUUAAAGAAAUACUUAUUUUUGAUACACUUUUUUUGCUAAUUAAGAAAUAACAUUAUUAUACUCGAAGUGAAGUAUUUUUGAUAAACAUUUUAAAUUGCUAAUCAAAAAAUAACAAAAUUAUACUCAAAGUAAAGUAUUGUAUCCCUACUUGAAAUAAAAGUAACUGAAAAAAUAUUAUAAA